AUGCACCGAUCUUCAGAAGAACGUGUUCUCGACGAUGCCUCAAACACAACGACAAUCCAGAGGACAAUCACCUCGUGCUCAGACCUAAACCCUCUUUCUCGCUUUGACCCCGGUGAAGCUCUUCUCGAAGCCAUCAGUGAAAGUGGCUCUGUCUCUAAGACCGGCUGGCCUAGCUAUCUUAGCGAUGACUUCAUCGCUUUGGCGCCUUCGCGUCAGGCUAUGGCAAUUAUGUUCGUACUAGGAGCAUGUGCUGUCGGCUUAUCAGUUCUUCUUCGCUUGGGCACCGUUCGCUAUAUUUGGCAGCCCAUACGACCUCAGGAUCAUUUAGAUGGUGUUGAGCCUCCUAGCUACCCUGGAUACCCGAGACAGCCAUCCCCUUCCGAAAUACCUCCGUCCAAGUUACAAUUGGUUACUUUCAUAUCUAGUACCAUUAUCCUGGUCAUUGCUUCAGCCAUUGCCACUGUGAUCUCUACACAAUUCGUCUCUUUGGUGGAUAAGAGUGGAGAUCCUGGUAUUUCAGCUGCGUCUACCAGUGACUUCCUGGGAAUGGCAUGGACUACUGUCGCAAUUCAAAUUUUACUCACAGGUGAAGCGGUCAUUUCUCUCCUUCGUUACCGUGCUCGUCAUUGCCGUUGCGAUUGGGAGGAAUUACCCGCUGCUCCAGGACCAGAGAGCAAAAGGCUUUUCUCUGGACACGACUGA